CCUAGUUACCAGAUUAGUAUUACUGAAGUGAGUGUUGCGAAUAGUGAAAAGCAGCAGGACCUGCCUGUUUGGCUGAGAAAACUGACGAAAUGGAGAAGGAAAGAGGCUUUAAUUUCAAAUUGUUGGUGCCACCAAGGAUCAGUACUGGACAGGUGUCAGCUGUGAAACCUCAAGAAGUCACUGCAGGCAACUUAGGCUUUACCCAGCCAUUAUAUACAACUAACAUUUUUAGUAAAUGCCAUGACAAAGAUUUGAACAUGCCGUUCCCAAAUGCCAAGGUGAUGUCCACCUCAAAAUCUGUCAAAACAGAUGCAGCCAGGAAAAUUGCAGUAAUUCCAAUGGAAAAAGAUCAGAAAGCAAGCAACUACAGUGAGCUGUAUUCUGAACUGUUUGUGGAAGCUGAAAAAAUAAAAUGUUGGAAGAUUAAAAUGGAAUCAGAGAUUACACAAAAGGACAGGAAGUUGCAGGAAAACAAACAAACAAUCGAAAACCAACGCAAAGCCAUUCAGGAACUACAGUUUGGUAAUGAGAGCCUUAGUAUGAAACUGGAGGAUAAGAUGAGUGAAAAUGCUGAUCUGAAGAACAAAAACAACGCAACAAAGAAUCUGUGUAACAUUCUCAAGGAUGCUUUUGAAAGAUCAGCAGAGAAAAUGAAUAUGUAUGAGUCCGAAAGGCAGGAAACUCACCAUCUGUUCAUGCAAAACAGUGAUACCGUUCAGAGGAUGAUUGCUGCAUUUGAAGCUCUUCGUGUUGAAGGUGAAGUUGAUAGACAUAAAAUGUUAAAAUUCAAAAAGGAAUUAGAAGCAUAUGAAGAUAUUAAGGAGGGGUUUCAAAACGAAUUGAGAAUCAAACAAGAAGAGGUAAUGACACUUCAAGCAAAAAUGAUUGACAAAGAAAACAAACUUCAGGAGUUACUGCAAAAUUUUCAAGAUACAGAGCAGAAUUGUGUUAAGUUUCAAGAGGAAGCAAGACAACACUAUGAAAUGUUUCAAGCUUCUAAACAAGAACAAGAGAGCCUUUUUGAAAAACUGCAAAGAGCAGAACAGUCCAAUAAAGAAACUGAGGGAAAUAUGCAAACUCUAAAGACAGCUCUGGAGCAAAAGGAAACUGAGUAUGCAAAGGUCCUUGCAGAAAAAGACAGUUCUCUGAAUGAGCUUAAUAAGUUGAAAGGUGAACAAGAAGAGAAAUUUCUAGAGAUUCAAACUGCAGCCCUGGUAUUAGAGGAAUCACUAAGAUCUGAAAAGCGGAAGGCAAAAGAACUUGAAGCCUCACUGAGUUCAUUGACUGAGGAACUGAAGAGAACAAGUGGGAAAUUAGGAGAAGUUGAACAAAAAAAAGAUGAAAAAGAAAGACAAAUGACAGUUCUCAGAGAGGAUAUGGAUAUCAAGGCAAAGAUUUUAACAUCAUUAGAGCAGAAGUUACAAAUGGUGGAGACAAAGGCAUCACAACUUGGUGUGGAUCUUCAGAGUAAAAAUGCUGAAAUUUUUCAGUUACAGAAUAUACUUCAGAUACAAAAUCUUGAGAAGAAGCAUGCUGAGGAUGCACUUGAAACUUUCCAACAAGAGCUGAAGGAUUUGAAGGAAAUAGUUCAAACAAAAGAGGUUGAACUCUUCGACAUGAGGGAGAAGUUAUGUGAUGUCUUAAGAAAUGAAGGAAAAUCAGAUGAAGAAAUUAAUCACUUGAAGAAGGAUAUUGAGAAUUAUAAGAAAGCAAACAGGGAGCUCAUGGCAAGUUUCAACAAGCUCCAGAUUCAAAAUGAGACAGUUGCACAACAAACCCCAGGCAAUGUGUCAGAAGCAAAGGCACUUGAAGUCCACCUAGAGGAAUGUAAGGCAAAUGAGAAGAAGACCAAAAAAGAAAUGAAGAAACUAGAAGAAGAAAACUAUCAAUUAAGAAAUAAAGUGGAAUCUUUGAGCGUAAAAGUUGAAGAGAGGAAAACUAUUCAAGAAAAAUAUGAGAAGAGUAUCCAAAACUUACAGAAGGAAAUUGUGAAAAAAGAAAAAUUACUGAACUCUGUUGAGAUGAAGCUGAUCAAUGGUAAAGCAAAACUAGAAAAUAAAACAAAAGCUCAAGAGGAAUGUCUAAGAGAGAAUAGGAACUUAAAGAAACAACUCGCAACAGAAAGUGUGAAUUUCCAUAAACUUGAGAAUGAGUUGAAUGAAAUCAAAGAACAGUUUAUAAAAACUGAAAGUCUGCAUAAUGAGGAGCUUAAGAAGUUACAGGAGGACAUUGAAGUCAAGACCGCCACUGAAGCAGAGCUCCAACAGAAGGUACAAAAGCUGAGCCUGGAAGCUUUAGAGGCUACUAAGAGUAAAGAGGAGGUGGAGCUCAAAUGCCAGCAAAAGAUAUCUGACAUGGUAGCCUUAAUGGAAAAGCAUAAGAAUCAGUAUGACAAGAUGGUUCAAGAAAAAGAUGCUGAACUUCAUAGCACAAGAAGAAAAGAAGCUGAAAUAAAUGCCAAUAAUACUUCACUGGAGCUGGAACUGUCAGAGAUGAAAAGAGAGAAUUCACAUCUAAAGCAGCAACUUCAAAAUGAAUCAAAUGAAAGGGACAAACUGAAGCAGGAAAUUAAGGCUUUGAAUACAAAAAUUGAGUCUGUACAUCAAGACAUGCAACAGAAGAGAUCAGAACAAGGCCCCAAAGAAAUUAGGUGUACUGCAAGCCAAAACCCAGCAGCUUCACUGAAAUCCAUGAAGCGAUCAGUGUUCAGUUUUUCAGAAGAGCCUGAAAAUGACAGUAUUAUUAAAACACCAUCUCUGAGUUCAGUCAGUAAGAGGCUGUCUUCAACACCACAAAUUAAGGGAGAUGUAUUUUACUGUAAAAAAUAUUGGUACAAAGCUAAAACUGUAAGAAAACUGUUUACUUUGUCAAAGCAUUCAAGGACAGAAAUCUUAAAGACUCCAAACUGGAGUUCAAUCAAAAAGGCAACAGGAUGUAUUAAGUCAUACAGAAUACGUACUCCUCCGUCAACUGGAAAAUCUAUGCCCUGGAAGAAAAAUACCCUGGAGCUUGACCCCAAGUCUGAUAGCUCUGACCAAAAUGAUUUACUGGGUUUUUCUGUUGAGCAUAAGCCAUUGAGAAGUCUACAAAGAGGUGAUGGCAGGACACAUCAUCAGUAUGGGAACCCAUACAAAAAGAGCCAGAGUCCUGCAGUUACAAAGUCUCCGGGGACUGCUCUUAAACUAGCAGCAGUGAAGAGAAUGAGAGAUGCUGGUUGGACAGCUGUCACCAGCGCAGAAAACAAAAAGAAGAAGAAGAAUGAAAAUACAUUUGCUUAGAUUUUUCAUUCUACAGAAAUGUAUGGAUAGUUUUAAGUGGACAUGUGAUGAUGGUUUAGUCUAAAUUUG